AUGGCUCUGAGAGUACCGAAGGCAAAUAACAUCCAGUUGUUCAAGGAAGGAUACAAGCAAGUAUCUGGGAUUGACGAAGCCGUCCUCCGGAACAUUGAGGCUGUAUCUGAACUCUCGGACACGGUCCGAACGAGCUUUGGUCCAAAUGGUCGGAACAAACUGAUCAUCAAUCAUCUUUCUAAGCUCUUCGUGACAUCCGAUGCCGCAACAAUCCUACGAGAAAUCGAGGUCGUUCACCCGGCUGCGAAACUGCUCGUCAUGGCGUCUCAGGCACAAGAAGCGGAGAUGGGAGACGCGACAAACUUCGUUUUGAUCUUUGCUGGAGAGUUGCUUAAGAAGGCGGAACAUCUGCUUGUCAUGGGCCUUCAUCCUAGUGAGGUGAUUCAAGGGUACGAGCUGGCUCUCGCGAAAGCCCUGAAGGAGCUGGAAAAUCUCAACGCGCACACGGUUCCAACACCUCCAACCCUGGAUUCGCUCACUAUUGCCCUCCGGCCGGCAAUCGCGUCCAAGCAAUAUGGCUCGGAAGACACCCUUUCCUCACUUGUUGCCGAAGCCGCUCUCAUCGUCAUGCCUUCAAAGCCAUCGAACUUCAAUGUCGACAAUGUACGCGUCGUGAAGAUAUUAGGAGGGAAUAUUUCGAGCUCGCGCGUCGUACGGGGUAUGGUGUUUGGUCGGGAGACGGAGGGUAUUAUCAAGAAUUUGGAAAAAGCCAAAGUCGCUGUGUACACUUGUGGCAUCGAUAUCGCACAGACGGAGACAAAGGGCACGGUUUUGCUCAAGAACGCUGACCAGCUCUUGAAUUUUUCGACCGGGGAGGAGAAGCACAUGGAGAAGAUCCUAAAAGAGAUCGCGGAUUCCGGUGUCAAGAUGAUCGUUGCUGGCGCAGGUGUCGGAGAGCUUGCCCUGCACUAUCUCGACCGCUUGAACAUCGCCGUUCUCAAAGUGCUUUCCAAAUUCGAUCUUCGCAGGCUAUGCCGUGUCGUCGGCGCCACACCCCUUGCCCGUCUAGGUGCGCCAACGUCAGAAGAAGCGGGAUACGUGGACGUCAUGGAGACAACUGAGAUCGGUUCUGAUCGCGUGACGGUGCUCCGGCAAGAGAAGGGGGAGACGACAAAGACCGCGACGAUCGUUCUCCGAGGCGCAACCACAAACCUCCUGGACGAUCUGGAGCGUGCCGUAGAUGACGGUGUCAACGUCAUCAAGGCGUUGGUCAAAGAAGGCCGGAUGGUUCCUGGAGCUGGGGCCACCGAGCUGGAGCUGGCGCGCAGAGUGGAGGCAUACGGUGCUGGUCUCAGGGGCCUGAACCAGCAUGCAGUCAGGCGGUAUGCGACUGCGCUGGAGGUGGUCGUGAAUACAUUGGCAGAGAACGCUGGGCUGCAAACGAGCGAAGUGGUGAGCAGGCUCUACGCUCUUCAUGCAGAUCGGGGACCCUCUUGGGGUGUCGACAUAGAGGGGGAAAACAACGGAACAGUUGACGCUACGGAAGCGCAGAUCUUCGACUCUCUGGCUGCCAAAGCAUGGGCAAUCCGGCUGGCUACGGAAGCAGCAGUGUCUGUUCUCCGAGUAGACAGCAUCAUCAUGUCCAAGCCUGCUGGUGGACCGAAGAUACCACAACAGCAGGGUGGGCAGGACUGGGAUGAGGAUUAAAGAGGGAUAGUAGACCUAGGAUACGUCCAGAUUAUCCACAAUUCUAA